CAAUCCCAGGAAGCGAACCACGCCGGGAACUGGAGUGAACUGUCGGAGCAGCAGCGGGAGGCGUGGGGCUGCAUAGUCCGUUGUGAUCCAGAGACUAACCGCAGCCAAGUGAGCCGCCUCUCAACUCUGGUGUGUAUUUAAAAGUGGAGAUUUAUUGACCUUAAUGGCGGAAUCCUGGAGGACGGAGCCCCGGCCGGGCUGCUAGUUAACAUCCGGGAACGUGAACGGUUCUUUCUUUUUUCUUUUCCAAAAUAUUUACCGGCGACGUCAGCUUCCCCCAAGGGUGUCGUCUACUCACUGGAACACCCGUGUGUCGAUGAUGAACCCGGUAACAUUCACGCAAGUUUCGAGAGGACAGCUAGGAGGAUAAUCUCUCCUGGACCAAGUGAAGACCUCCCUCCCCUCCUGGGGGAAGUGUGAAACAUGCCCUUGCCAUUUGGCCUAAAACUCAAAAGGACCAGAAGGUAUACGGUUUCAAGCAAGAGCUGUCUUGUCACUCGGAUCCAGCAGCUCAAUGGAGAGUUUGUUGAGUUUACACUUUCAGUGGAGAGCACUGGGCAGGAAUGUUUGGAGGCAGUUGCCCAGAGACUCGAGUUAAGAGAGAUAACAUACUUCAGUCUGUGGUACUUCAACAAGCAAAACCUGCAGAGAUGGAUUGACUUGGAGAAACCGCUGAAAAAGCAGCUGGACAAGUAUGGGCUGGAGCCCACUGUUUAUUUUGGAGUCGUGUUUUACAUACCGAGCGUCAUCCAGCUGCAACAGGAGAUCACAAGAUAUCAGUAUUACCUACAGCUGAAGAAGGAUGUUCUGGAGGGCAGGAUCCAAUGCUUGCUCGAACAAGCUGUACGUUUAGCAAGCCUGGCAGUGCAAGCUGACUUUGGAGACUUCAAUCGAUAUGACUCCCAGGAGUUUCUCCAGAAGUUUGUGCUAUUCCCCAUUGACUCAAUUCAGGAUGAGCGAGUGCUGGAAGAAGCCACUCAGAAAGUGGCUCUGCUUUAUCAGUCCUUCAGGGGUUUGUCUGCACCAGAGGCAGAGAUGUUGUACAUGCAGGAGGUGGAGAAAAUGGAGGGCUAUGGCCAGGAGAGCUAUCAAGCCAAGGACAGCACAGGCACAGAUGUCACCAUUGGAUCUUGCCUUGACGGCAUCUUUGUCAAGCACAAAAACGGAAGGCCGCUUCUUUUAUUCAGGUGGAAUGAAAUUAACAACAUGAGUCACAACAGGUCCUUCUUUGCUCUGGAGCUCGCCAACAGAGAGGAGAGUGUUCAGUUCCAGACUGAAGACAUGGAAACCUCCAAAUAUGUUUGCCGGAUGUGUCUGGCCAGACUCAAGUUUUAUAAGAUUAACAAGAGUAGCCUAGAGGAGUGUGACCCCCUGCCUUCUGAGGGCUCCCAGAAGUCCAUCCUCACUCUAUCUUUUCCUCGCUUUCCAAUGCUCUCUCGUCCCUCUCUGCCUUCUAAUAAGGGCCAAACCCAGCCCACAGUUGUUAACCCAGUUCGACGGAGAUCCUCGACUAGAAUCUCUCUGCCAAAGCCUCAGGCUUACAUGAUGCCACCUCCCCAAAUGCACUACAAUGGCCAUUUCACAGAGCCUUACACAUCAUCACAAGACAACCUGUACAUGAACAGUCAGAAUGGUUACUACUACCACUCUCAGACCAGCCUGGACUGCCCUCCUCUGGAAUACAGCAGUGGAGGGCGUUUACGUAACGGCAGCGUCUACAGCGCCCACAGCACCAGCUCUCUAACCAAUCCUCAACACUACCUUCAACCCUCACCCAUGUCCUCCAAUCCCUCCAUCACCAGUGAUAUCACCAGGCCAGACUACGUCCCCUCUCAUCGCCACAGCGCUCUCAUCCCGCCUUCCUACCGUGCCACCCCGGAUUACGAGACAGUGAUGCGUCAGAAGAACCGAGGAGUCGGAGGAGGGAUGGUUUUGUCUCAAGAGCAUCGGCAGAGCCACUCAAUGAGGAACCUAAACAUUGGAAACUCGUACGCCUACAGCAGACCAGACCCUCUAGUUUACAGCCAGCCAGAGAUAAGGGGGGAGCAUGGUGGAGCAGCCCAACACUACCAUUAUCCUUUCCAUCUGGGCUCCAGCUUUCACAGCCCCUCUCCAUAUCCCUACCCUACUGAGAGGAGGCCUGUAGUGGGGGCGGUCAGUGUCCCAGAGCUCACUAAUGUCCAGUUACAACAAGCCCAGGAGUAUCCAGCUCCCAACAUCAUGAGAACACAAGUGUACCGACCACCUCCCCCCUACCCAUAUGCCCACCCUCGGCCUGCAAACAGCACGCCUGACCUGUCGCGUCACCUGUAUGUCAGCAGCAGCAACCCGGACCUCAUCAUCACGAGGCGUGUGCACCACUCAGUCCAGACUUUCCAGGAGGACAGUCUGCCUGUUGCUCACUCUUUGCAGGAGGUGUCAGAGCCUCUUUUCAGCGGACCCCCACACAGACACCCGUACCAAGCUCAGAAGCGUAAUUCCAUAGAGAUCGCUGGAUUGGCUCAUAGUCUCGAGGGGAUGAGGGUCAAAGAACGGACUGUGUCUUCCUCGGCAGCUGAAGCUGCUACGCCCCCUCCAGUCUUGUGUGGUGGUCGCUCUCAGGGAUCCCAGCUCAAUGUGUUCUUAGAGCGUACAAAGACAGAGGACAGGGGCAACAUUAAGGAGGACGUGCAGUAUGGACACAAGAAGUCCCUUUCAGAUGCCACCAUGCUGGUUCACAGCAGCGGUGAAGAAGAGGAGUUUGAGGAUGACAGCGGCCGUCACACUCCACUUUCUCAGGACGCAAUCGCAGCCAUUGUUCCUGAGCAGCAGGCGCCCCAACAGCAUCACAGCCUCACAUCUCUUUCCUCUCUGCCGCUUCAGCAACAGACUCCCAUGGAGCCUCCUCCUGCGUAUCCGAUAGGCUCCUCCCUCGACCCCUCCGUAACUGGCUCCUUGACGUACAAGGUUCACCCCCUGAUCCAGGAGAGCGAGCCUCUAUACCUGCUGUCGGAAUUACGACAGCCCAGGAUCAUGCCCUCGGUUUCAGAGGGAGACCUGAGUGGUCAGGCCAAGCAGAAGACUAAAACAGACUUCAAGAAGAGGCCUGUGUCUGAUGUGCCUCCUGGGAAGAAAACCGUGGAAGGUUUACCCCCUGCGGGCAUGAAGAAAGGAGCGAGGUCAGAGGUGAAGAAGAUGGGCCCGCUGAAGGUGGCGAAGCUCAACGGCCUGUCGGUGUCCAGGCAGCCGAUGUUUGACGAGACCAAGGACGACCCAGAACGAGCCUCCAAUGACGAGAGGUGUAAAUUGCUGGAGCAGCACAUGGACAGGGGCGAGCUGUUGAAAGAAUACGAGAAAAUCCCAAAGCGUCCAGGAGGCGAAUACAGCGUCGCCCAGCUGCCUGAGAGCGGAGACAAGAACCGCUUCCAGGACGUCCUGCCUUACGACAGCAACCGAGUGGAGCUGGUUCCCACUAAAGAGAACAACACGGGGUACAUCAAUGCUUCACAUAUCAGAAUAACAGUCGCUGGACAGGAAUGGAGCUACAUCGCGUCGCAGGGUCCCAUGUCGAACACGUGUCAGGACUUCUGGCAGAUGGUGUGGGAGCAGGGCGUCUCCAUCAUCGGAAUGGUCACCGCUGAGGAGGAGAGCGGCCGAGAAAAGAGCUUCCGGUACUGGCCGCGGCUGGGCACGCGACACAACACGGUGACGUACGGCCGCUUCAAAAUCACCACCCGCUUCCGCACUGAGUCCGGCUGCUACGCCACCACGGGGCUUAAGAUCAAACACCUCCUGACGGGCCAAGAGAGGACCGUCUGGCACCUGCAGUACACUGACUGGCCCGAUCACGGCUGUCCUGAGGACUUCAAAGGUUUUCUCACAUACCUGGAGGAGAUCCAGUCUGUGAGGAGACACACCAACAGCAUCAGUGACCCAAAGAACACAAACCUACCUGUACUGGUCCACUGCAGCGCCGGAGUGGGACGCACUGGAGUGGUCAUCCUGUCUGAGAUCAUGAUCGCCUGUCUGGAGCACAACGAGCCCCUGAACGUCCCCGAGAUCUUGUGGAAGCUGCGCACUCAGAGGAUGAUGAUGGUUCAGACUCUGUCUCAGUACAACUUCAUCUACAAGGUCCUCAUCCAGUACCUCCGCAACUCUCGGCUGAUCUGAGCGCAGGCGUCUGUCCGGUCCCCGUCGACGUGCGCCGUCAUCGAGAGGCGAUUUCAGGGUGGAAGUUGUUUUCCAGGUUUAUGCCAAACUGCACAGUGAUGAUGAUGUAGCUGUAGAAACCUGCUUCAGUGUAGCAGCCGUGUGUGGUGGAGCCUGACUUGGCCAAGUAUUAAACUGGCUGAAGUAUUGAUGUGUAGUUACACAACAUAAAAGACGCGAUGCCACAUGAAGGAGCAUGAAGGAAGAAAACCUGCCUCUAAACAGUGUUAUUUUAUUUUUUACAAACAUUAUCGCUUAAUAAAGCCCGAGCACUUUUGUAGUACGUCGCUGUACAUAUUGAACCAAUGUUAAGCUGCAUUAAAAAAAUGAUCUUUAUUAUAGAUGUGUACUGAAAACAGUUGAUUGAAUUUUGUCUGAGGACACUUUUUAAAUGUUUUGGUUUGCUGUUACUAUUGAUUGUGAUUAUGAAGGACUUUUCCUUAUUGAUGAAGUGAACACUUUCUGCUUAGGGUUUGAUUUCCGACAGUUCAAAGAUGCAGUUACACAUCGAGGCGUCUGCACCCGAAACGGUCGAGUGCAUUUUUUUCCCUCGUCUGUGUGAAACAUCUGUUCCCCCGUUACAAACCACCUGCGGAAAUAAAGACAGGUAUGUUGGCAAGUAGAGACGCGUCGCACAGCUGCAGCAGAUUUGUGUUUUCGGGCUGAGACUAAAACUGGAAAAGUAAUUUUAUACUUCACUUUGACUGUUUCAUGAUGGAGCGUUUUUAAAAAGUCCACUCGUAGUUCUGUAUUUGAAGGAUGAAGUGCCUGAAUAUCUGCUGAGCUGAACAUGCUGUAUAUUUUUGCAUAAUAUGAAGGAAAUGUAGACACUUUUCCCCUCAGUGUCAUUUAUUGCUCGUUUUGCAUUGUAGUGAUUCCAUUUGAGAAACGUGUCUGCAAAUGAUCGUAUUCAUGAAUUCAAUUUAGAUCCCAGAGUCCAGAUGAGCUCUUAUUUUGAAGUGCUUUAAAAACCAACAGCGGUAUCUUAACAGUUGGAUUCACUGUGCCUGGUUUUCCUGCUGCCUCAGUAUUCCUGUGUUUUCUUGUUUUCAAUCCAGUGACAAAUGUCUCUUGGAGUAUUUAACACUAACACACAGUGUCGCUCAACUGGACACAGUCUAUUUCCUGCAGCUGCUCUGAGAAGCAUUUAGAAAUCAAGUGAAUCUGUACAGGAACUAUGUAAAGUUUACACUAAGUGAAAUCAUGUUGAUUAUAUCGGUUUGAUAUUAUUCGCAGAUUUACAAUCAGCUAAAUUUAUAUUGUGGCCAAAGUGAAGAGAUUUUCGCUCAUUUUUCUUACCCUGAUAUUUUUGUUGACAAAGAUACACAGGCAGUGAUGUUUCCAGAUCCAUAUAUUGGGUUUUUUUAAUUGCUUGAGAUUUUUUUUGUUUGUGGUUUUCAGAAACUGCUUGAGUCUUAGUUUGGAAAUUGAAAAAGAAAGAUCUCUGUGGCCAAGGUGUAACUGUACAGGUCUGUUGUUCAUAAUGUAAAAUUCUGCUUUAAUGAAUAUUGGUUAUUGUACAAACUCUGUAUAAACUGUAUCUAUUGAAGAACAAUUGGAAAAAAACAAAGUGUAGAAAAUCUUUACAGCCAAGAAUAAAUAUUUGGAAAAAUCCGUCUGUUGCUCAGUUUGUGAGUCUGUUGUGCCACCAUGUGGCAGGAAUGAGCCACUGUCAGGUCAUUACAAACAUCAGAGGAAGGUUGCAUCAUUGGUCUUUAUUUUUUCUUUACAAAUCCAGUAACAAAAAAAAGUCGUGUGUAGAGCUGAUAAGGAUUCUUUGAGGUAAGAAUUGAUAUUUAGUUGAUCCUUAACAGAGGAGACACUUCAAGAUGUCACAGUGGAACUACAGCAGGAGUCAGAUGCUGAAACUCCUGUUCUAGUCCAAUCUUUCACAUUUUCCUCGACUUACAUCUACAUUUGCCUUCAAUGUCUUUUUCUUUCAAAAAUAAUUCUUUACGAAAAAAAAAAUCGAAGUGCUUUCCAACAUCAGGGAUUUCAGAUAUGAUCAUCGUCAGUUAAAAACACUUGUUCAUGAUAAAGAUUCAUCGUUUUCUUUCAAUAUCAAAUUUAAACACUGAUUUAAGUGAAAAAAGGAGCAUUUGACUUCAUCAGUCGAGGAAGAUUUGUCUCCGAAUGAUGACAAGUCACUUUCGUUUUUAGAAACGCUCCUCGUCCAUAAAAACUCAGAAAGCAGGAUUCAGUUCAUAUGAAUAAAUCAUCUCAUAAAAAAAAAAAACA